AUGAGAACCCAUCAUAUGAAGGCCUUGGUCAAGUAUGUGGAGCAAGGUGGUAUCCUGGAAACUCAUGACAAUGUUCCCGAUACGAUUCGGGACCAACUAUAUGCGGAAGAGCGGCAGCGCAUGGACAAACGACAGAAAUCCCCCAACCCUCCUACUGGAUCAAUGUAUCCCCCAAUCAACAUAAAUGUCGCCCCAACCCAGUCACCUCAGCCGUCAAAUAAUACCCACGAUCGUACCGAGACAACCGCUUUUGGCCAAGCCGACCUAGAUAUCCCUGGGCCAAUUGAAGAAGCAGUGGAAGAAUAUACUAAUUGGCACUUGGAAAAAGUGGAUACCGAGAACUUCAAAGAGAAUAUUUGGAAAGCACGGGAUAUAGUGCUAGAGAAUUGUCUUGACCUUGGUCAGCUCGAUAAUCCGAAAAUUGGCGCUGAAUUUUUUGUCAAAGAGGGUGUGAAAAUUGGGGUUGCCUGCAGAUUUGUAAGCGAUACCGGCAAGUGGCUCAAACAGCGCAAAAGGAAGAGGGUUACUGAGGAUGACGAUUAUGAGCCCAUCUCGGAUUAG